GUUGCAUCGCAUCGUUCAUCGGUCAGUCGUCGUGUACUGCACUUUCGCAUCAGUCGAAAUCGGGAAUCAAAAUAAACGGUUCGAUGUCCUACUUUUGAACCCGGUUGGAUGGGUAUCUUCGCGGAUCUCGUUAAAAAAUUUCAAUCAACAGUAUUAUGCCGUACUUAGAAAUAGUUUUAGCAUUGUUAGUAUUAUCCUUCCAAUUGGGGCAUUCCGACGAUGAUAGUGGUAUGUGUAUGGCGAAGGAACCGUGCUCCGAAGCACCCCAACAGGAAACGAAGGUCGAUCUCUACAAAGCCACGGACAACAAGUACGUGGCACUAAUCCAGGAAGCGUUGGCCUCUUAUGAACCGUGUCAGCAAGCAAACUGUUCCUGCCACGCAGAUGUGUUGAAGACCGAUCUCCGUCCCUUCAAAGGCGGCAUAAGCGAGCAGAUGGUAGAAAGGGCACGCUCCUACGGUACAAAGUACCAAAUUGUGGACCAUCGUCUGUAUCGGCAAAAGGAUUGCAUGUUCCCGGCGCGGUGUUCCGGCGUUGAGCAUUUUAUCAAGCCAAACCUUCCGCACUUACCGGACAUGGAGCUGAUAAUAAACUGUCGCGAUUGGCCACAGAUCAACAGACACUGGAAGCAGGAAAAGCUACCGGUGCUGUCGUUUAGUAAAACGGACGACUACCUUGACAUCAUGUACCCAACGUGGGGCUUCUGGGAGGGCGGUCCUGCGAUCUCGCUCUAUCCCACGGGUUUGGGGCGAUGGGAUCAGCACAGGGUCUCGAUUAAGAAGGCCGCGGAUUCCUGGAAGUGGGAGAAGAAAAAGGCGAAAGCGUUCUUCAGAGGAUCACGAACGUCCGAUGAGCGUGAUCCGUUGGUGCUUCUUUCGCGUAGGAAACCCGAGCUGGUCGAUGCGCAGUACACCAAGAACCAAGCGUGGAAAUCGCCGAAGGACACGCUAAACGCGAAGCCAGCCCAAGAGGUUCGCCUGGAGGAUCACUGUCAGUAUAAGUAUCUGUUCAACUUCCGCGGUGUGGCGGCCAGUUUCCGCUUCAAGCACCUGUUCCUGUGCCGCUCGUUGGUGUUCCACGUGGGCAGCGAGUGGCAGGAGUUCUUCUAUCCUUCGUUGAAACCGUGGGUUCACUAUGUCCCGGUGCGAGUCGGCGCCACCCAAGAAGAGCUGGAGGAGCUGAUCGAGUUCUUCGCUGAGCAUGACGAUCUGGCGCGGGAGAUUGCCGACCGGGGGUUCGAGCACGUCUGGAAGCACCUGCGAAUGAAGGACGUCGAGUGCUACUGGAGGAAGUUGCUGCGACGGUACGGGAAGCUGGUCAAGUAUGAGGUGAAACGGGACCAUAGUUUGGUUGAGGUGUACUAGUAGAAUUUGGGCUGGCCGAGCAUCUGUUUACGAAUCUCAAAAUUGAAAGUAUAGGUGAUUUAUAUACAUUA